AUGGCUUCCCCGUUCCUGGCUCCAGCCCCCGUGCGUCCUGCCUGCAUAUCCUUCCCGGUGUUCAAGAAGGCGAGCCCCAAUGGAAAGCUCACCGUCUAUCUGGGAAAGCGGGACUUUGUGGACCACAUCGACCUCGUGGACCCCGUGGAUGGUGUGGUCCUGGUGGAUCCUGAGUAUCUCAAGGAGAGGAGAGUCUAUGUGACACUGACCUGCGCCUUCCGCUACGGCCGGGAGGACCUGGAUGUCCUGGGCCUGACCUUUCGCAAGGACCUGUUUGUGGCCAACGUGCAGUCCUUCCCGCCAGCCCCUGAGGACAAGAAGCCCCUGACUCGGCUGCAGGAGCGCCUCAUCAAGAAGCUGGGCGAGCACGCCUACCCUUUCACCUUUGAGAUCCCUCCGAACCUCCCGUGUUCUGUGACGUUGCAGCCGGGGCCUGAAGACACAGGGAAGGCCUGCGGUGUGGACUAUGAAGUGAAAGCCUUCUGCGCCGAGAGCCUGGAGGAGAAGAUCCACAAGCGGAAUUCUGUGCGCCUGGUCAUCCGGAAGGUGCAAUACGCCCCGGAGAGGCCCGGCCCCCAGCCCACAGCCGAGACCACCAGGCAGUUCCUCAUGUCGGAUAAGCCUUUGCAUCUGGAGGCCUCCCUGGAUAAGGAGAUCUACUACCACGGAGAACCCAUCAGUGUCAACGUCCACGUCACCAACAACACCAACAAGACAGUGAAGAAGAUCAAGAUCUCGGUGCGCCAGUAUGCAGACAUCUGCCUUUUCAACACAGCGCAGUACAAGUGCCCCGUGGCCAUGGAAGAGGCUGAUGACACAGUGGCGCCCAGCUCGACAUUCUGCAAGGUCUACACGCUGACCCCCUUCCUGGCCAACAACCGAGAGAAGCGGGGCCUCGCCCUGGACGGGAAGCUCAAGCAUGAGGACACGAACCUGGCCUCCAGCACCCUGUUGAGGGAAGGAGCCAACCGGGAGAUCCUGGGCAUCAUUGUUUCCUACAAAGUGAAGGUGAAGCUGGUGGUAUCUCGGGGCGGUGACGUGGCUGUGGAGCUGCCCUUCACCCUAAUGCACCCCAAGCCCAAAGAGGAACCCCCGCAUCGGGAAGUUCCAGAGAACGAGGCUCCAGUAGAUACCAAUCUCAUAGAACUUGACACCACCGAUGAUGACAUUGUGUUUGAGGACUUUGCUCGCCAGAGACUGAAAGGCAUGAAGGAUGACAAAGAGGAAGAGGAGGAUGGUACCGGCUCUCCACAGCUCAACGACAGAUAGACUGGGGCCGGCUCUCCCUCCGGGCAGCUCCAGGUCCACUCUCAUGCACUAGGAUGCUUGUUUGUCUUCUUCCUGCCCUGGUUCCCCCUCCCCUUUGUUCUUCCAGCUUCUACCGGGGGCCCCAGUGGUCUUUCAGGUCACGGUGGUGAACCUCUGGCCUCAGGAUUGGCCCCGUCACCAUGCCGACAGGGCCACGUGCACCACCCUCACCACUCUCGCUGCAGUCACCUCUCCAACCCCCCCUCUUUUCCUGUUGACCCCCAGAAAAGCCAACAUGGCUCUGGUCUUGGAAUUUGACUUGGGAUGGGGAGCUGAAGGGGGAAGAUGGGGCACGAGGGCUUGGAGGGGUGGGGAUGGGGGCUCAAGACACGUGAGAGGAUGUCCACCGUCCCAGGUGAUUAACACAGUUCUGGCAGCUAAAACAUGACUGAAUCGAAGGCCAACCUCUGGCUGGGAGGGGCAGACCAGUGGAUAGGUUCUCCAUGCAGUUCUUUUCGCA